CGAAAAAAUAUUAAAAAAAGUUAUUAUUAGUUCCCAAAAUCAGAGGAAAAUGGGCGUCCUAGCUGGGUACCCUGACCCUGUUCCUCUCCAAGUUUAAUUCUAAAAUUUUGAGUCGGCGGGAAUCAUCUCCGGCGAGCCGGCGACUCAAGAUCGGAUGGGGCCCCCGAAGGCGGUGCGCACAAUUUCGCAACAAGCCUUCGAUGAAAUGGUGAUGGAGAACAUAGAAGACAUCGGGAUGAAUCCCGCCGAAGCUCUCGAAGACGCCGUUCAAACCCUAACCAUCCAAGGCGUCGAUCUCUCCGGGAUAGUGACUUGCAUCCCGGGAGACAGUUCAGUGAAUAGCCACCCAGUUAUUCAAACGAUCGAGCGGCUGAAGCAGUUGAAUCUCGAAUCGACUGGUAAACAAGACAGCGAUGACGUUCUGAAGGAAAUUGUGGAAUUGUUGGAUAGGUUGAAUGGUUUGUGCGCCGAUGAAGGAUCAGGCCAUGUAGUGAUUGCUAAUAAGAAUGACGGAGUGAAAUUGGUGUGCUCGAUUUUUCUUAAGCUUAGAGGUGGGUGCAACCAGGGCGUAAUCUCUUCUUUGAAGACAUUGGCUAAGCUACUUCAUGAUGUUCAAAGCACAGAAGCAUUUAGGGAGAGUGGCGGGGCACUAGCUGUUGUAGGAGUCAUAAAGGAUAAUAUCCAAGAUGUCAAUAUCUUGGAUUAUGGAUUUUCUGUUGUUGCGGCAGCUGCAACAGGUAAUGAGGUUCUGAAAGAAUCAUUUAUGGACUUGAAAAUUGAUGAGUUAAUUGUUCAGUGCCUGACGGAACACGCUAGUGGGAGCAUUCCUUAUUUAUAUGAAGCCAUACAAGUCCUGUUGACAUCUGAUGAUAAUCAUGUGGUAGCCUCUCAAGUUUUUGGAUAUGCCCGAAAAUUUGCAAAAAUAGGAGUUGUUGAAGCACUUGUGGGAUCUCUGAGUCAGGGGAUCGGGUCACCAAGUUUAAUCUCAGCAUGCAACGCCUUGAAAUCCAUUGCUGUUAAUGAAGAAAUAUGCAGAGCUGUUGCUGACAAUGGGGGCAUAGAUGCGCUUCUUUCAUGUAUUGAUGACAGUGGUCAACAGGGAAAUCAAGCCUUUGCUAAAACUUGUUGUUCCUUGUUAUCUAAGUUGGCAGGAAGUGAUGCAAACAAAUGUGCCAUAGUUGAGAAGAGAGGGAUGGAUAGGCUGGUUAGGCUUUCGUUGCAGUUUUGUAAUGAGCCUUCUGUACUACAAGAGAUCAUGUCUAUUAUUUCAGUGCUCUGCUUGAGAUCCCCAGGGAAUGCAGCCCGUGCUAUUGAAGCCGGAGCAGGUGACCUUGCCAUCCAAUCCAUGGAAAGGUUUAUUGAAUCAGAGCAACUGCAAAGGAAUGCUUGUUUCAUGAUCCGUAAUCUUGCGGUCAGAAAUCCCGAAAACAGAGACCUUUUGCUGGCAAACGGCGUAGAGAAGCUCAUUAGGAAGGCCAAAUCAACCCACAGAAGCUGUAAAGUUGCGGCAACGGAUGCACUCAGAGAUCUUGGGGUUGUCAACUACAACUCUUAAGCCAAUUUGUGUUCUGAAAUGGGAGAGCAUCUCGUCCUUCUUCGUCUUUCUUUCUUUUUUUCUUCCAUUUUUUUCUUCAUUUCUUUUUAUUAUUAUCAUUCUUAAAUUGAUGUUCCCCUUUGCCUUUUCUAGUUUUCGAGCUAUUGGGAUGUCUUUUCAACAGAGCAAAUCACAAUCAAGCCAUUUUGGCUACUCAUUAAUGGUAUAACAAAAAAUUACCUCAAUGAACUUUACAAUUUUUU